AUUCAAUAAAUAAUCAAUUAUUGAAUGAAAAAUCAAUGAAAAAAUCAAUAACCAAUCAUACAAUCAUAAUCAAUAAUCAUAAUAAUAAUGGUUAUUGGUUUAAUAAAGGUAUAGAAUAUCAUUUAUGUACUCAAUCUAUAAUAAAAAAUUAUAAUUAUUUAUUAUUUAUUAAAAAUCAAUAUAAAGAUUGUGAUAAAUUAUCAAUACAAUUAUUAAUCAAUAAUCAAAUGGAUUUAAUCAAUAAACAUAAUAAUCAAUUAAAUUAUGAAUUAUUAAUGAAAAAAAUUAUAUGUAUAUUACAAAAAAUUAAUUGUCCUAUUAAUGAGAAAUCAUUUCAAAUUCAUGAUAUUCCAUGUCAAUCCUCAUGUCUAUCUCUUCUUUCUAUAUGUGGACAAUUACAUAAGACUCCUCAAUCAUUCUUCAUGAAUAUUCCAUCUAGUUGUCCAAAUAAUAAUCAAAUUCAAACAUCUCAUAAAAGAUGGAUAUAUGAUAAUAAUAAUAAUAAUAAUAAUCAUUAUCAAACAACUCUAUCUCCAAUACAAUCCACCACAAGUUAUACUACUUAUUAUCAUAUGCCUAAUUCUAAACAAUAUACUAAAUAUCCUAAUUAUAGAACUUAUCUAUCAUCUAAAUCAUUCCUACUAGAUGAUCAUUAUGAAUAUGAUCAAAUGAAAUCAAACUAUCAUCAAAAUAAUCAUCGUUAUCCUCGUCAAAUCAAUAUAAAUACUAAUGAUAAUCAAUAUUAUUCAGAACAAUCAAAACAAUCAAUGGAAUAUUUUAAUCAUUAUCAUUUAAAAAAUUUACAUAUACCAUUUACUCCAACACAACGUAAAUUAGUAUUAACCAAAGAGGAUUGUUUAUUAUUACCACCAGGAGGUUGUGACAAUUGGAUAGAUCCUUCAACGAAUUUACAACGUUUAAAAGCGUCUAAUUAUAAAGAAUAUUUAAAAUUAAAUCUUGGCUGUCCAAAAGAUAUCCCUGAAAUAUGUAAUGAAAUGUUUCCUACAUUAUAUACAAGAAGUAAAUGGAUUAAAUCUAAUUUUACUGUGUCUGCUAUAAUACGUAUAUCUGGUACAUUAUGGUGGUUUGGUAAAAAUGAUCAUUAUCAACCAUUAUUUCGUUUUCAUAUAUUAAAAACAUUUGAUUCAGAUAUACAUCCAUAUGAUGAAAAAAUGAUCUUAACUUAUUCAUGGCCAUUACAAUGUAUUUGUAUAGAUGAAAUUAUAAUUGACAAACAUUGCAUAUUACAAAGAAUACUGUAUUUCUAUCACGUGUAAGACGUUAUACAAGAAAAUUGGCGUGUUGGAAAGGUGCAUGCACUAUAAGAUCUAGUCGUAAUCGUAAACGAAGUUAUUAUAUACAAUCAAAUAGUAAAUUACUAAAUCAUAACGAUAGAAAAUUAAAAGAAAAUUAAAAAGAAAAAAAACAAACAAACAAAUAAAUAAAGGAAUCAAACCCCACCUCCACCUUCACACCCACCCCCAUCAACAUUUUUAUUAAAAACACUUAUAGUAACCAAGGAAUUAUUCAAUCUAAUUCAUAUACUAUAUAUUUCUCAUCAUGUUUUCUGAUCACGAUAUGAAUUGUUUUUCUCUUUUUUUUGUUUUUUUUUAUUCAUUGUUUACAUGAACAUGAAUACUCUAUUGGCAACAAGAGUUGUCUAUAAUCAAAUAUAAAAUUUCAUUGGUUUAUUGCAAGUGGUAAUGUUUGUUGAUUUUAUUUUAUUGAUUUAUUUCAACAUAUAAAUACUGAUAUAAGGAGGCACCAAAUAGAUAUGCA